AUGUCAGCCUUCGAGUGUGUGUUGACCAGCAGCCGCGUGGCGUUUAACAACCCGGACAAGCUGCCGCGGCCUGGGUCGUGGAGUUUGCUGCCACGAGGACAGGCUGACCGAAUGCAGCGCCCGUGCUUUGAUCGGAUCUUCCUGCGCGGUGGUUAUUCGGGCAUAUGCUACUUGCCGUUCCUACUUGUUGACAAGAAGGUCGAUGCAGAUCUGUGGCUUUUCCACCACGGCCUGGAAGGCUUUAUCAUUGUGCGCAAGGCGCUCACGCACGACAAGGUGUGCGCGCUGUUUGCCUCCAUGUGCUCGAAAGGCCUCCUCGUCAUCGGCCGCCCCAUCAACGGCUCGCGAGACAUGCGCAAGGUGUACCCGCCGGACAAGCCCGUGCGGGCCUUGCGCAUCAAGCAAGACCUGAGGACAUUGAUGGAGAAGAAGGGCAUUUCCAGGCUUGUUCGUUUGCGAGUUGUGAGCAGCAGGGAUCUGAGAGUUUUGUCAGACUUGUGCACUGUUUUCUGCCCAAAGGGCGGUGCAGGCGCGAAGAACCAAAGGUUCCGCAUGUAUGGCAAGACGCCGCCUGGUUUCCAGUUCACACGUGCCAUCAUGAAACGCUCCUCUGAGGCUUGA